ACCGCAUGAGAAUGCGCAACGAACGUACAGUGCGUGACGGCCAACGGCUACACCGGCUGGUGUCGCUCGUUGCCGGUGGGCUACUGUUGGCAGGAUGCUGCCUCGUACCGAGCGGGACCGCAUUCAACCUGGAAACGAUCAACUUCAUCCUGCAGGAGGGCGACCCGAACUCGAUGUUCGGUUUUAGCGUUGCGCUGCAUCGCGAGCAGAACAAGAGCUGGGUGAUUGUGGGCGCACCGACCGCCAACACGACGCAGCCGGACGUGAUAGAAGGCGGUGCCGUGUACCGCUGCGAUAUCUACGAUGACCAUCGGUGUUACCUGGUGCCGUUCGAUACGAAAGGAAAUAAUUUCAACGAUCAAAACGAACAGAUAGACACCAAAUCAAACCAAUGGUUUGGUGCGACGGUCGCGAGUGCGGGUAUCGAUGGUCCGUUGGUGGCUUGUGCCCCGCGAUACGUCUUUCAUCAACUACAACCGCGCAAAGCGGAACGUGUUGAACCUGUCGGAACCUGCCAUCUUGCGAAGAACAACAUGCGGGAGUUCCAGGAGCUAUCACCCUGCCGAACAGCCUAUUGGGGUUACCAUCGGCAAGGAUCUUGUCAGGCUGGUUUUAGUGCCGCCCUCACAAAUGACGGUACUCGCGUCUUCAUCGGUGCCCCGGGUAGCUUCUACUGGCAGGGACAAAUGUAUUCCAUUAACACCGACGUUGUGUUUCCCUAUAAACCCCCGCGGUAUGGUCAUUUUGGCGAAGGAGGCCAGAUCUACUCGUUCAGCUUGAACAAUCCCAAGGAUAAGGUGUACAAGACGCCGGAGGACUCAAAGAAAGAGGAUGACAGCUACCUUGGGUACUCGUCCACGACGGGUGACUUCAAUGGUGAUGGCACGCAAGGGGUUGCGGUUGGCAAACCCCGCGGGGCUGGCCUGCUUGGUAAGGUGUUGGUGUACUCCUGGAACAUGACCAACCAGCAGAAUAUUACCGGCGAGCAGAUUGGUGCGUACUUCGGGUACUCGCUGGCUGCGGUUGACGUCGAUGGGGAUAAGCUGGAUGACUUGAUCAUCGGAGCGCCGAUGUACACCGAGCCAAACAACGAGGGCAAGUACGAGACGGGCCGUGUGUACGUGAUGUACCAGGGAGCUACUCCAUCGGGAAAGUUCCGUGAGCUGGACACGCGAGAUGGCGUCAACAGCAAAGCCCGCUUUGGGCUAGCCGUGUGCUCUUUGGCAGAUCUUAAUCUGGAUGGGUUCGGUGAUUUCGCUGUUGGAGCACCGUAUGAUGGACCGAGUGGACGUGGAGCUGUCUACAUCUACUAUGGCUCACGUGACGGUCCGCUUCCACGAGCAUCGCAGGUGAUCCAGGCGGAGGAGAUGUCGGGCUUGGCGAGGUUGUCCACAUUUGGGUUCUCGCUGUCAGGUGGCAUCGAUCUGGAUGGUAAUCGCUAUCCGGACCUGGUUGUGGGCGCGUAUGAAUCGGAUAAGGCACUUGUGUUCAAGGCACGCCCAGUUGCGGCGAUGGAGGCAAGCACACUGUUUGAAACCGAGAGUAAGCUGAUCUCGCUAGACGAACGCAACUGCACGGUGUUACGCACGCAGAAGCGCGUCGCCUGUACUGUCAUCAACUCGUGCCUGAAGUACAACGGUGUCAACGUCCCGACAGCUCUAGACAUUCAGAUUUCGUGGACACUGGACGCUCGCAAAGCGCGCAAUCCACGUCUGUUCUUCCUCGCAGAAGAGGGUCGUAGCACGCGCAACCAAUCGAUGCGGUUAUUCCGCGGCAAACUUGAAUGCCUCAGUGACCUGGUGUACGUGGCGGACAACGUCCGGGACAAGAUCACACCGCUCGAAGUAGAGAUGGCGUACGGUUUGCGGCAAAGCUCUGGAACCCGUCAGCGGAAUCCCCGUGCCAACAUCGAACCCGUUCUCGACCACAACCGCGGCACGGUGCAGCGGGAUUCGAUCAACAUCCAGAAGAACUGUGGGCCAGACAACGUGUGCGUGCCGGAUCUGCGCAUGGAGGUGAAGUCGGUCGAUAACUACCUGCUCGGAUCGAACAACCUCCUCUCCAUGGAGGUUCUCAUCACGAAUCGCGGGGAGGACGCGUUCGAGGCUGGCUUUUAUAUGGCCGUCCCAACCGGGCUGGACUUCCGGCGAGUUGACCGAUUGGGUGAGGCGAAGGAUGUGCCAGUACUGUGUACGGCCCCAUCAGCUGCCACCAACAAGACGCUAAAGUGUGACAUCGGCAAUCCACUGUCGAGCGGCAAGGUGGUCCACUUCAAGGUGAUUCUGGCACCGUCCUUUGCCGCUGGUAUGGGCUCGAGCUACGAGUUCUAUCUGGAGACGAACUCCACCAACGCGGAGGUUGACGCGAGCCAGCAUGACAACGUGGUGCGCAAAAGCAUCGGCAUUCUGGUGCAGACGGACCUCUCGAUGUCGGGUGUGUCACUGCCGGAUGAGUUUCUGUACAAUCACAGCGAGUUCCGCUCACUGGAAGAGGCACGUACUGAGCGUGAUCUCGGCCCGCAGGUGGUGCAUAUCUACGAGAUCCGCAACGAGGGUCCUUCCACGAUCGAUGAGGCUGAGUUUUACGUGUUGUGGCCACACGAAACCGUUGACGGUGUACCACUGAUGUACCUGCUAAACCAGCCGGAAACACACGGCAACAUUGAAUGUCUACCGACGGAGUACGUGAAUCCGCUUAAUCUCGCCAUUGACGGUGUGCUGGCACGCAAGAGCUUCCUCGAUAAGGUCGGUGUUUCUGGAACAAGCUACUCCUCUACGAUGGGCCGGACGUCUAAUAGCGCGUCAGCUAGUGCGGCCGGUGUGGAAGGUGGCACCUCGUCCAUUUCGUUCCUUUCCACUGGCUCGAGUUCGGGACGUGUUGGUGGCAGCAGUAGUAGCAGCAGCAGUAGUAGCAGUAGCAGCAGUAGUAGCAGUAGCAGUAGCUUCAGCAGUACCAGCAGCAGCAGUAGCAGCGGCAUGAGCAGCAGUGGAGCUAGUGGUGGAAGCAACCGUUUCCGAGGCAGUGAAGGAAGUGUUGGCAGCAGCAGUGUCGGUGUGAACGAUUCGAGAUACUCUUCCCGAGGCUCUACUGGAGGUUCGGAGGGAGUAAACUCUCACCGCGUGUCCGGUGGUGGCUCAGAACGACGGUAUCAGGUGGAAGGCAGCGAAACAGCAUCAUCUGGCCGCGUGUCGAGUGAUUAUGGACAAAAUUCAGGCCGUGGAGAGAGCUACUCUAGGCAAGGAUACAUUCAGCAAGGAUCUCAAGGGGAUGGCUAUCGUCGGCAACAGCAGCAGCAGUAUGAUGAAGGACUACGAACGGAUGCAUCUUAUGGUGGGGUCACCUCUGGGUAUGAUUCUGCCUCGAGCAGUAGUAGUAGCGGUAGGAACGGAACCUCUUCCUCGGUGGUGUAUUAUUCCAAGAACCGCACAACGUACCGUGGAGAGGAUGGACGCUUGCACGUGUCGGAGAGUGAAUACCGUAGCCACAACACCGAUCAGAAAGGAGGUCUUGGAAGUCUUGGACGUCUAGAACAGGGAGCCAGUGCGAGCUCUGGAGUAGCCUCCGGUUCGUCAACACGUCGCCGCAUGAUGAGUCAGCAGGAUGGGGAAGCUCCUCGUACGGGGUUGGUGACGGAGUUCAUGCACCUAGGCGAACACAGUGGACCUGCGAGUGGAGCAGGAUUUGGCCACAAUCUUGGUCAAUUCGAGAACAAAGUACGCACGGAAUACUCUCAACAGCAUGGUGGUAGCUCGUCGUCCCAUCACACGUCCUCAACGGCUUCAGGAAGCCGGCAAAGUCAGUACAGUGGCCGGGAACAGGCAGAGUCGGGAUCCUACACCAGUAACGCGUACCAUGGUGUAGCGAAUGACUUGGAGCAGGUCGAAGAACACGAAGAGGACGACUACGGAAUGUACGAUCGCAGUGAAGAGGAGAGCUACAUCGAUCCGGACGUUUCUUCGCGACGUACCUACCCACCAGGGUAUGGACUACCGCAUCUGAAUCACCAGCUCAAUCAGGGUCACGAGAAUGUGGAGCAGAAGUUCCGCUAUUACCAGCGGUUCGACCGACAGAGGCGUCAGGUGGCACCUAAAGACGAAUCAAACCGAGCUCUGGAGGAGGCGCUGCAGUGUCACGCGACUCGUUGCGCUGUCAUUCACUGUAAAGCGGGACCAAUCGGCAACAAGGACGUCGCCUUCGUUGCACUGCGAACACGCGUUGUUGCCCACACACUCCACCAGCUGUCAUCUUCGGCGCCACUACACUUUUCUACGAUGAACGUAGCGCGAGUGUUGAAGUUGCCGUACAUCGGUGAGCCGAAGGACAAGCCCAUCAAGACACACGAGAUCCCGGUGUUGGCCGUACCGGAGCCAACUGUCAAACCGGACGUCGUACCACUAUGGAUCGUCGUAUUAGCUGCCUGUGCCGGCGCCCUCAUCCUACUACUUCUAAUCUACCUACUAUCGAAGUGCGGAUUCUUCGAGCGGAAACGCCCCACGGACGCGUCCGAACGGCAGCCAUUGAACCGAAAUGAGUAAGCAGUGGGGUACCGUACGUCAUCACAGACGUCAUCACAAACAGCUGACGAAGGAGGCCAUCCUACUCGGCUGUCAGCUGGCGCAACCCGAAACUAGAGAGAGAGAGAGAGAGAGAGAGUGAGGGAUAGAGAAGAAGAGACAGAACCGAUAGCGUGGGAGGCAAAUGCAGGCGAGAUAGUAACUUAACGCGAAACACACGCGCUCACACGCAUGCGGCACAAAGCAUUAAUGGCGUUCGCUAACGAAAAGCUAGAAACGGUAGAGCAUGUAUUUCUGUUAUUUGACAGCACUUAAUCAACUAGUCAAACACUGUUCUUUCGCGAUUCGAGAGGGCCUUCGAAUGCCUGUAAAAUCUCAUUUAAAACCGAUGCUGCCUUUUUGGUAGGAAUGGAGCGGCUUUGGUUCGUAUUGCAUGAAGUUGAAUCGUUAUUUAAGGGUUGGCCUGUGCAAAUAACAGCUAGUUCAAAAGAAAAAAACCGUCUUAUAUAGGUAUACAUUUGCCAGUACAAACUCUUAUCCGGCAGCCAUCACAAGUGCCAAGUGCAUGCGGAAAUAGCCACUCGAGCAGCACAUGCUGGCAAAACUAUUAUCUCUCGUUUUACUUACACACUAAUUCAUUAAUCACUCAUCUAAACCGCGUUCGUGAUCGUGUUUACGUGUGUGCAUGCGUGUGCUUGUGCGUGCAUGGGUAUGUAUGGUGUAUGUGUAUGUGUGUGCGUGAGUGUGUGUGUGUGUGUGUGUGACUAGCGAAGACUGAUGAUUUCCGAGCAGUCUAGCGGGCCGGCCGAUGGGUCGUACUAUCGGAGAAGUUCCGCGUGUCCGAGGAAAGCAAACGACGUGCCUUACAUUGGACGAGAGCUGCAAUCAUCUCAUUAACGACCCUUAACUCGGGCUAAAGCUGGAGACGGUUUUAAAGCGAGCUGUAACACGAACUUUACAACCUAUCUGGAUUUUACAUAUUUUUAUUAUUAUUUUUCCUUGUAGUUAAAUAAUUGUAGCGACACGCCGUCGAGCAAUGUUCUGAUAUUAAUUUAACCAUGGAAUGACGAUGUCUUGUCUAGCAUAACAUGUUUCGAAUAACAUUUAGUAAGUUAUUAAUCGUAGUCGCGACGCGUAGCCAAUUUUAAGUGCCUUUAGCGCCGGUCCGAAGGGAAACCGCCUAUCCGGCCAGCCACGUCCAUUGUGCCUUCUCUAAAACGGAACAAAAGUGUAAUAUUUUACAGAACCGAGUAAUCUCAUCCUGCAAGCGUUCUCAGAAUAAUGUAUAAUGUUUUGUUAUAUACAAUGAACAAAAAAUAAUAAUAAAUAAACAACAAUAA